ACUUCCGGUAUGGACUGCAAGUGCUUCCGCAUGAAUGUCCAAUCAGAUCCGCUUGUCAGUCCUGACUUUUGUUGUGGUCGUGUUUGUGUUUGGCCCUGAGCUUCCCCGAAGCAGCUGUUUGUGAGCCGGUGUGUGAGAAAAUGUCGAGCCGAGCGCUGAGGAGACUGAAGGGGAAACAGCGGGGACAAGAGGAUAUAAACAUCCGAGACCUGAAACUGACUGAUGGAGAAGGGAAAGGAGUGGAACUAGAGGAGGAAGAGGAGCAGGAGGAGGAAGAGGAGGAGGAGGAAGAGGUUUUACAGCCGGCUAAGAGCAGCAACCAGAAAGCGAAGAAGAAGAAGAGCAAAAAUCAGAAAAACAUCAGCAACAUUUAUGAACUGAUUGGCGAAGCUGCUGAUACUGAUGGCAACAAAACUCAGAGUGACGAGGAGAGCAUCCCAGCACCAGGAAAUCAAGAAAAGUCUGACUCUAACGAAAAGACAAGCAAUAAGAAAAAGAAGAAGAAGAAGAGAAAAAAGGCUUCUGCUGCAGAUCCACUGGAGGAGCCAGUUAAAGGUGAUGACAUAGACGCGUUGCUGGAGACCAUAGAGAAGCAGAACGGUUUGUCUGUUCAGAGUGAGGAUGGUGGAGUUUCAGGAAACAGACCUGUGCUUUAUGUGGAACACAGGAAUCUUAACCCUGAGAAUGAACUAAAGAGAUAUUUUGGAGCUCGGGCUGUGCUUGGAGACCAAAGACCCAGGCAAAGACAGAGGCAGUUUCAUCGCAGCACGUGGAUGACCUCCCCUAAAGACACAUGGGCUCGCUUUAGUCGACCGGGUAUCUCCAUGAGUCUGCUGGAGUCAAAAGAUGGCCUCCACUUCUUUGCUUUCGAGCACAGUCGCGAUUACCAGCAAGUCCAGUUCAAGUUCUUCGAUGCUGUGGAAUCUAUGGAUCCUAAUAACAUUGUGGCCCUGCUACAGCUUAAUCCCUACCACAUCGACUCUCUGCUGCAACUCUCCGAUGUGUGUCGCAUUCAGGAGGACCAGGAGACGGCCAGAGACCUGAUCGAGAGGGCUUUGUACAGCUUUGAGUGUGCAUUCCACCCCGUGUUCAGCCUCACCUCAGGGACCAGCAGGUUGGACUACCGGAGAGCAGAGAACAGAGCUUUUUAUCUGGCGGUUUAUAAGCACAUGAUGUUCCUGGAGAAAAGAGGAUGUCCACGCACGGCUCUGGAGUACUGCAAACUCAUCCUGAGUCUGGACCCGGAUAAUGAUCCUCUGUGCAUGCUGCUGCUGAUUGAUUUUCUGUGUCUGCGCUGUCGAGAAUACACCUUUCUCAUCCGACUGUAUGAUGAGUGGGAGGUACAUCGGAACCUGUCCCAGCUGCCUAACUUUGCCUUCUCAGUAGCUCUGGCUUGCUACCACGUGAGUCAGCAAGAGGAGACGCCACCUGAGGAGAGCCAACGCAUGAAGCUCAGAUCUGACACGCUGCUGCAGGAUGCUCUCAUCUUCUUUCCUGGAGUGUUGAUGCCUUUGUUGGACCACUGCUCAGUCCAGCCCGAUGCUGCCGUGUCCUCCCAUGCAUUCUUUGGUCCCAAGAGCCGUUUGGGGCAGCCCCCUGCUCUGUUGGAGCUCAUGGGUCUGUACGUGGGCCGCUGUCACAGCCUGUGGAAGGAGGCAGGAGUGAUGCUGUGGAUGGAGGGAAACGUUCGGGAGGUGUUGAGGAGGGUCGAUGUUAAGGACCCAGUGGUGGAGGACUGCCAGAACAAGAGGAAGCAGAGAUACCAGAGCGCUCCCAGGAACAUUCACAGACAUGUACUUCUUUCUGAGAUUAAGGAGGCUACAUCUGCACUGCCUCUGGAAGUGACCACACAACCAGUCAUGAGUUAUGAUCCACUUCCUCCUCUAGAUGCUGUUGUCUCCUACACCAGGCCAGAGAGGCAGAAUCCGCGAGCCUCAAAUGAGAGCACUUUGUCGCUGUUGUUCCGCUCUUUGUUGCCCAACUUCAACCUGCAGGGUGAACAGAGGCCUGAAGAUGACCUGGAAGUGGCACGUGCAGGUCGGGAACUGAACCAGGAAGUGAACCGAUUGAUGGUGGCCAUGAGGGACAUGCUGGCUAACAUCCAAUUCCAGGAUCCGCCGAGGGAUGACAACCAAGACCGAGACGAGGAGGAGUGGGACUGAGACAGGGAAUGAGAGCAGAAAAGGAGAAAAUGAUAACUAAAGACAAUGGGACAAAGAUUAGAUGUGGUGGAUUGAUGUGGAGAACAAGAAAUCUGUACAUUCGCAAUCAGUAUAUUUCUAUCCUUUGUCUCCUUCCAAGAUUAAACCUAAAGUUGUCGAUUGACUCUUAAUUAUGCUGAAUCCUCCAGACAGUACGUUUAUAUUUGAGAUCGACGGAUGCUUUUACCCAGAGUGACUUAUAACUUCGAUAUAAUGGUGUUAAUCUCAGCAUAAUGCUAUGCAACCGAGGGUUAAGGGUUUUCCUCAAAGACCCAACGCCGGUUUCUAGAUUUGAACAAUCUAUCAAACACUAGCUCGGAUAUCAGAUAUCAUUACUUUGCGCGAUUCCUUCUGACCUCGUGAUCUGAGUCAUUCAUCGGCCCAUAAAAUAUCCUAGUCGUAAAUAGGACUGUUGAAUUAAGAAAUUCUCUCAAUUAAUAUUUUUAUUCAUUAAAAGACUUUUGCCUGGGUUUGUAUUGUACUGACUACUUUUUCCUUGCAUGAACUUCAAAAAAACGUCUUCCACUGGCUGAGCUGUGAGUGAACGUCGGGAUUAAAUGUAGACCUGCCUCAUCUGAGUGGAGUGCUCAUGGUGGAUUAUACUGCUUCAGUGAGAUACGCCAGAGCUUAACCAUUCAGAGUUGUAAAUGUCAUAAGCAGGACUUUGUAGUCUAUGCAGAACUUAAUAGACAGCCAGUGUAGCUUAAGUAAGACUAGCGUCAUGUGCCCCUGGCUUUGUUUUCCUAGUAAAGAAAGCAAUCUGAUCAAGCUGAGUCAUUAUUUAAAGAGACAGAAGAGCAGCCCACCAGAAACAUGUUGUGAUAGUUGAAGCUAGACUUUAUGAAAGUAUGCGCUAUUUUUCCAACAUCGUAUAGGGUUAGCAAAUGUUGUAUUUUAGUAUUUCUAAAUUUAUAUUCGUAUUUAAUGAUGUUACUUACUGUACUGGAAACUCAUGAUGAUAAGCCAGCAUCUAGAGUUACACCAACUGUAGCUUUUGGUUUUAAAGAAUAGCCAUCAAGCUCUCGUGUGUAAUGUGUUCUUCUGACUGAUCACCUUUAUCCUAUGAUGAAACAUUUCUAUCCUGAUGGGGGGGCGUGGUCUCUUCCCUGAUGACCCUACCUCCAUCCACAGGGCACAAGGGCUCACUGAAUGGUUUGAUGCGGAUGAAAAUGAUGUAAAACUUAUGCUACAGCCUUCACAGUCACCAGACCUCAACACAAUUGAACACCUAUGCGAGGUUUUGGAGCGAUGUGUUAAACAGAGCUCUAUACAACUAUCAUCAAACCACCAACUGAGGAAAUAUCUUUUAGAAGAACAAUUUUCUUCCAUUCAGUACAGUUCCAGACUUGUAGAAUCUACACCAUGGUGCACUGAAGCUGUUCUGGUGGCUUAUAUUUGCCUACCAACUUACUUUCCUUUAAUUUGUUACCCAUCUAUAUAUACUGUACUUUCCAAUGCUCCAUUUAAAAGCAUAUGAUUUGAUGCUAAUCAUAUGCUUUAUGUUUUUGCUCUUAGAGUUUUCCAAGAAAAAAAUUUGUCCAGUAAAGGGGUAAUUGAAAUGGGUUGCUGUAGCAAAAAAAAAAAAAAAAAAAGUCUGAGAAACAGUGCCACAGCCUCAACGUGAAGGAAGUGUAAACAUUCAGUCUUUCAUUUUAUUCCUGUUGAAGAAAUCACAUGAUUAAAUAAGCAAUGACGCAAAUGUUGGCUGGAAAGUCGUUGUGAACUGCAGCUUUGUUUUCCAAUCCACCUGGAGCUCAAGCCAAUGUCAUGAGGAAUAUUUGGAACAAGUGCACCUUCAGGGCUUGUCCUUCAGGCCUGGCGUUUCCUCAGCUAUAUCCAGUCGUGUCAAAGAGACGUCUAUUCAGCUUUUGAUCCUCUGCUCCAAUGUGCUGCACACAGACAUGUGAUUCAGGCCGUGAAUCCAAUUCCAUUCCUAAUGGAGUAACAUUAGAGAGUAAAACGUCUGCAAAUCUCUCUCUUUUUCUUCAAGGAAAUUCAGCAAUCACUUUAAAGUCUAAAAUAAGUCUUUUUACUACAAACACAGAUCUUAUCUCCUCACACGGGUGGGCGAUACAACAAAAAUAUCUCAUCACUGUAUCAUUCUACAAUACGUGAUAUAUAACGUGAUGUAACGUGAUGUUUCAUAAAACUGAUAAAUGUUUAUAUCAAACUGCCAGUUAAUACUAUUUGAAUUCUAAAAAAAAAUUAAAGAUUUUACACUAAUGCA